AGAGAGAGACUCCAGACUCGCAUAUCCUGGUCCAAAGGCUUAUCAGAGGCUAAGCCAGAAGGAAAAAAACAGUAAAGCUAGUCUCGCUCGACCAGAGGUACGGGCACAAGGCCAUCUGUCCAUUCUCUAAAUACAACUGACAACAAAGGAGAGCCACUGUGUACUCAGGGAAGCAUACACACUCUGGAACCAAAAACAUCAAGUCAUCCCGGAGAGGCCAGACGAGAAGAGUUGGUGAACCUCCUGGCAUCUCUGUGCCGUCUCAACCUGCAUCACUUCACCAGAGACAGUCGAUUUGAAGCUUCUGGGCCCAAGAGAGGAAUGAAUAUGAAUGAGAAGGAAGGCGGAGUAUCAGAGGGAGGGUUAAAUGUCACCCUCACCAUCCGCCUGUUAAUGCAUGGGAAAGAAGUAGGAAGUAUCAUUGGGAAGAAAGGAGAGACGGUCAAAAAAAUGAGAGAUGAGAGUGGAGCCCGUAUUAAUAUAUCGGAUGGUUCCAGUCCAGAGCGCAUCGUGACCAUCACUGGCCCUGCUGAGGUGAUCUUCAAAGCAUUCGCCAUGAUCGCUGAGAAAUUUGAGGAGGAUAUCUUGGCCUCCAUGAUAAACAGCACGGUGACAAGCAGACCUCCUGUCACACUGCGCCUUGUCUUCCCUGCCAGUCAGUGCGGCUCGCUCAUCGGCAAAGGAGGAUCCAAGAUCAAAGAGAUCAGAGAGAGCACAGGUGCUCAGGUGCAAGUAGCAGGAGACUUGCUGCCUGACUCCACCGAGAGAGCUGUGACCAUCUCAGGCACCCCCCACGCCAUCACUCAAUGUGUGAAACAUAUCUGCACCGUCAUGCUGGAGUCACCACCUAAAGGGGGCACAAUACCAUAUCGACCCAAACCCACUGCAGGAGGCAACCACACAGUGUUGACGCAGCAGCAUCCUGCGCCGGCCUUUACUAUUCCUGGACAGUUUGCCAUUCCGCCACAAGACUUGACCAAGCUUCACCAGUUGGCUAUGCAGCAUAUCCCCUUUACCUCCCUUGGGCAGAGCAACCCCACCUUCCCUGGUCUAGAUGCUUCAUUUGCGACCAGUUCUCAAGAGUUGACCGUACCUAAUGAUCUCAUAGGAUGCAUCAUUGGCAGACAGGGCAGUAAGAUCAAUGAGAUUCGCCAGAUGUCUGGUGCCCAGAUUAAGAUUGCUGGGGCCAUAGACGGUUCGGCUGUACGCCACGUCACCAUCACAGGCUCGCCAGUCAGCAUCAGCGUGGCCCAGUACCUCAUCAGUGCCAGUUUAGAGAUGGCUAAACUGAGCAUCCAUGCAGCUGCGUCCUCCUCCGGCACACCUAUCGACCUCAGUCUUGGUUUCACUCCGUCCAACCCCUCUGCUUCAGCGUCCUCCUCGUCCAUGCCUGUCCUGGCUGGCCCCCCUUCCGCUAUUAACAUCCACACCCCUCCCUCCAUGUCCAGUGCCCACUAUGCCCUGCCCCUCUCCAGUCUGCUUGGCAUGAAAACCUUCCCUCUUCUGGCAAUGCACGCGGCCGUCUCCUCAGGCCUCCCGCCCGGGCUCACACCCUACAACACAAAGAUCCCCACCACGUCCAGCAUAAAAAAAUCAGAGCGCCAGAAGUUUGCCCCGUACUGAGCAGGGUUUUAAUCUCAUCAGUGAUGUUCUAUUUGUUUGUCACCCAUCCGUGAAUUUUCUGAAGAUUAAAAGUGUCCUCCCCUCCCUUUAAAAAAAAACAAUUUUCUACAAACAAAUAGCCAGCCCAUGACAAGAUUGAUCGCUUCCCAUAUCGUCUUCCAUUUUGUUUUGCGUUUCAUUCGGGAGUGUUUGAGAUAUUCAUCUCUCACCGUAUAAUUUGUCUGACACGCCUCCUUUUUUUACGAGAAGCGA